UUAGUGUUUCGCAGGUGCAUUAAAUUCGUACCGAUUUAUUCGUGCACGACCUCGCGAAUUCAAUUUGAUUUCGAUCCUGAGCGGGGCAAGCGUCCAUUAUCUUUACACGAGUGCAUCAAGCUUCGCUUCAUAUGAUUGAUUAUCCUAUCAAAUCCCAGAUAUCUGACGUCCAACUUUGGGAUGCGAAUAUUCGCAACGACGGUUCAUCGAAUCGACUCUGAAAUCUCGCGAGUGCCGCGAGUGCCGAGAAUGUAAUAGUGAUUUUGCGUCGUUAUCAUUUAAGACGCGACGCGUCUUUGAUUAAAUUCUAAAGACGUGCAAAGACAAUUUUCAAUUGACGCAUUGCGAACAUUGAUGACAGAGUUCGUAGCUGUUGCACGGGAUGAGAGCAACAAUUUUGGUUUCACAAGGGGCAAUCACGCUCCGUGACGAUCCACUGCGAAACAACUGGUUGAGUUUGGGCAGCUCCUAGUCGGCGGGGACCAUGGCGACUGUUCGGCCGGGUAGCUGCGUAAAUGCGAAAACAUGACCAACUCGCAGAUGAGAAAAACUUUGAUCGUGACGGCGAUUACCCGAUCGUAAUGAGAUCGAGUGAGGGAUCUGAUCGCGCGUGAGGAAGCAUCACACGAGUAAUCGCGAAGUGACAGAACGGCGGCGAGGUGAUAACGAUGGGUUCCUUGCCAAAUCUUCACGAGCUGUCCAAGGACAAGCUGGGGAGCCCGGUGUAUAAACCGGCGCCGAUCGGCAGUCUUGGUCCGGCGCGAUUGCCGCCGCAGCCACCGCCGUUGGCGCAUUCGCAUAAACGUGCAAGAAGUAGCGGGCAUCAUCAUUCUACUCUCUGCGACAACGAUACCAUGUUAGAGCACAUGGCGGCAUACUCGCCGAUCUCCUGCCGAUCGACGCGCACCUCGGCGCUAUCGUGGCGGCGUCGCGACUCCAUGAACUCAUCGGCAGGUGCAUCGUCCGUGCGCCGAUUGAUCGCAGCUGUCCGUGCGGCCCCGUCCGGGCCCAGACCACCACGUAGGGUCGUUUUACGUCACAUCGCGGCCCUUCUGCUCAGCCAUGCGAGUUGCUCGGCCGCCACGCUGCCCAUUUUCCCGCUUCAGGCAGGUUUGGGCGCGUUCGAACCCCGUCUAGGUCCGGUGCUUCUCGCCUAUCUCUACGUGAUGGCAGCCGCCACCAGCUGUUUCGCACCCAUCGUCGUGCAACGGCUCGGCACGAAUCUCGCCAUCACCGCGAGCCACGUAGUCACUGCUAUCUUCGUCGGCGUGCAUUUGUAUCCCAAAUGGUACAUACUCGCGCCCAGCUACGUGAUGCUAGGCUGCUGCGCUAGCUCGAGCUUCCUGGCGAGGACAUCGCACAUCAACGUCUCCGCGACCAGCCUGGCGCUCGUCUGCGUCGAUCCCGAAGAUCCUGCGGAUGAAACGCGCCGCGAAUGUCUGUUGAGAAGACUCAAUCGGGGAAUCAAGUUGGCUGAAGAUAUCGGCCUCGCAAUCGGUUGCCUCAUCGCUGCGAUCCUUGUCAGGCUAACGGAUUUGAUACCAUCUAGCAUAAUGAACACCGACCUUUGCGGUGCUGAGUACUGUUCAGAAGAGAUGUACUUUUACAACGAAUCGCUUUACGUGCCGACGAUCACGUCGGGCACUUCGAGGAUCCUCGUUAGCAUCUGGCUUGGCUUGGCGGUGCUCGGUCUAGGAAUAUCUUGCGCGUUCCUCGACUCUAGACUGCAGGAACCUCAGACGAACCACGAUCGCGCCAGCGUCAAAGACAUCUUCAAAUCCGUGAAAUGCGCGUUUCAGGACCCGAAGCUUCAGCUCGCAGCGCCGCUCACGCUCUUCAUCGGGCUGGAACAGGGUUUCAUUUACGCCGAUUUUAUGGAGGCAUACGUGGUAUGCGCCUUAGGUGGCGCCGGUACGGUGACCCUAAGUUUCCUGAGUUUGGCUCUGUUACAAGCUCUGGCCGCUGCGACGCUCUCGAUGUUGCUGAGGCAUAUUAAAAGGUACUUUGUCGUAGUCGUGGGUUUCGCUUUUCAUGCCUGCCUUCUACUUGUUCUGGUAACCUGGAGACCGACGGGAGAUGACCCGGCUCUCUUCCACGUUAUAUCAGCUGCCUGGGGCGUUUGUAACUCCAUUUGGGAAACUCUGAUAUACACGUUGGUGAUGGGCCUGUAUCCGAACGCGUGGCAAGGACCGCUGUCCUCGUCGCUCUUCUGGCGUUGGCUCGGCUUGACCCUCGCGCUCAGUCUGCACGGCGCGGUGUGCACCCGUUAUCGCGUGCUAGGCCUUGCCGUGACCCUGGUGCUGGCAGUGGUGCCGUACCUAUGGUUGGAAAGCCGUCUCGCCCGCCGCGGCAAAACGCUGGCGCCCUUAUGACCAGGCGACUCAACCGCGAGCGAGCGCGGAUCCACCAGUGUUGAGACGGCGACGACGACCGAAAUUAGACACCGGGGGGACUGAGAACGAGCCGUUCCAUCCAGCACCGCGGCCCGAGUGAGAUCGUGGACCGGGAUACCGAGACGCGGUAGCCGCAGGAGUAGCGGCCUCACGACGCAGGAACCGCAGCAGCAGCAGCAACAACAACAGCAGCAACAGCAGCAGCAGCAGCAACAGCAGCAACAUCAGACGCAGUCUAGCAGCGCGACAUUAAAGGUCAAGACGCGACGUAGGGCGAACAGCGUCGCGUUCGCUUGCCGCACCGACUACGGCCUGCCCGACGAUAGCGAUGAUAAUAAUACUCCGCCGAAGAACCCGGUGCUGCUGAUCGCGGAACCAGAACGUCGCAGGAGCGCCAUCGAAACUGCGGAAGGAUCAAAGGAGCGCUCUUCGAUCUUCACCCUCUCGUGAGGAAGGCAUCCUCUCGCGAACGCGCUGCUUUUCAAGCGUCAUCGUGCCAUUCCGAGAGUAUGGUAGCUGCGAGUGUAAUGUUCCAAUACAAUACGUACGCUUUGGAUAACGCGUCGGGGGUGAA